AUGUGCAACUGUUCCAUGACUUCUAUCUUUCCUGCGACCAUCGUGAGCAUGGUGCUCGGGUUCGCCUUGUUCAUUGCUGGAGUGGUCCCAGCCGCCUACACGCCCCCAACCUGCCCGUCUUCGUCUUCAUCCUCGAGCAGCAGCAGCUCUUCCUCCUCCAACUCCGGAUACAACUCUGGAUACAACACCGGAUACAACUACGGAUACAACAAGGGCUUCAACAAAGGAUACGACACGACGUUCAGGUCAAGCUACAAUGACGGAUACAACUACGGAUACAAUAGGGGAUACAACAAGGGAUACUACAAUUACGGAUACAACUCCGCUUACUCCAGCGUCAACAACGGAUACUCCUCCUAUGACUACACCAGCACCCUGUACUCCACCGCCUACUACACCGGGAAAAGCGGAGCAUACAGCUCGAGCGCCUUGUCGGGGCAUAGCUAUGACUACAACUCUGGAUACAACUCCGGAUACAACUCCGGAUACUGCAACGGAUACGACCAGGGAGACGCGUUGACCACCUACAGGCUAGCGUACAACUCGGGCUUCAACGCGGGCUUCAACUCGGGGUACAACACCGGUCAUAGCAUUUAUGACACCUACGGCUAUUCAGGCUACUACAACACAGGCUAUUACUCGGGCUACUACAACAGCGACAGAGCAGACCAAUCCUCAACCUCGGACUACAAUCAAGAUAUGCCCUCGGCGUACAACUCGGGCUACAACGCGGGGUACAGCAAUCGCCGUGCUCUCACAAACCUUCUUGGAAGUUUGAGAUGGAUUCAAAAAAGCACCAAAAACAAGAUCAACAACAGCAACAUUUCUACUUCAACCAUUCGGUCUUCGGACUAUUACUACUAUAGCUUUUCGACUUGUGAACAAGACAGAAGGGACGCAAAGGCUGGGCUCUUGCUUAUAGGAAUAUGGGGACUCGUUCCUGGUAUCUUCACUCUCGUCUUCGGAGGUCUUGGGAUUGCGACCAGUAAGUUUCGAAACAAGAUAUGGGGAGGUUUCCACCUGGCAUUCCUAAUCUGCGAUAUCUUCUUGUUGUUAAAUGCCAUGUCUUUUGCUAUCAUAUACGCGCUUUUCGCCACUACUUUUUGCGGUGACUACGAGAUAUACGGCGGGAGCAAGUUCUGCUCGACAUUCACUGGCAGUGCAUGGGCGAUCUUUGUAUUCAACUUCAUGCUCUUCGUUGUACAGCUCACGUCUUCAAUCAUCAUGUGCUCGCUAUGCUGUCAUCCCGACGAAUGGACAACAGGCAGCUCGACUCCAGCUCCAGCUCAUGAUAUGGAAUCUGUGAUGCCAGUUGCAAAGCCUGUGGAGGCUGACCUGGAGCAGGGAGGAGUCCCUUCGAGCUCCUUGUCUGAGAGAGGAGUGGCACUACACGCAAAGUCUGUCGGAGCUGCGCAUUUAGAUCAAGUCGCGUACUUACAAGUAGGGGCAAGCGCUAAGAAAGUAGGAGAAGCAGAGCGGAGGGCGAGCAGUGGGAGCGACUCAAGCGACUCAACCUGA